GAAAUGGUUAAAAUAAAGUUAAAAGCAGAUUUCUUUCGUAAUACAACAGAAAUAGAAUACAAUUUCCUCAUCAAAGAAUUAUUAGGUCAAGAUUUCCCUAAUUUUUCAAAUAUAAAAGAUGAAAAAAUUUUAUACUUGGUAGAAAUUGCCAAGAAUAUAAAAUCUUAA